AUGGUUCUUACCUCUGAAUCUACGCAGUGCACCCCAUGGAAGUGGAAACAGAUUUCAUUCACAAUCCCAGUUCAGAAGAAGCGAUCAUCGCUAUGUAAGCUUAAGCACGUCGUAGGGAAAUCUGAUUUUCAGCCAGUUUCUGGGAUUUCUGACAGGAAAAACGAUCGCAAGAUCAAGAAGCUGCCUCUAGAGAAGGAUUGCCUUAGUGUAAAGGAUUGUAUUAGUGAGUUACCAGAUGAUAUCCUUAUCGCCAUACUAUCUCAUUUGAAGCUAAGAGAAGCAGUAAGAACCAGCGUCCUCUCCAAGAGAUGGAGAUACCUGUGGACUUUCAGUCAGGGUAUUCUUGAAUUUGAUGCUUCAGAUGUUAGGUCACUUCUGGAUUCAGUGUAUUAUUUCUUGACAUCACAUCGAGCUCCAACUAUAGAAGAACUCAGCAUUCGUUUCCCAGGAUGGGGCAAUGUCUAUUAUCAUUAUUCUCCAUGCAAAAUCCAUGUUUGGAUAAAUGUUGCCAUUGAAAAAAGAGUUAAAAAGCUUGUGUUAGAUUUCAUAAACCCCCACUUAUAUCCUUCAGGGCAAUUUGACUCACUUGGCUCUGUCAGCUUCACCUCUCUCGUGUCUCUCCACUUGAUCCGCGCACGAGUAUCUUCCCAGUUGAUUAACUUCUUCUUAUCGAAUUCUCCACUUCUUGAGGUGUUGUGCGUCGAAUGGACACGCCGCGAGCCGGGGCAUCUUAAGGUUUGUGCUUCAUCACUGACGCUAAAACACCUUGAUUUAAGGCAUAAUGAAAUCGGAUUUCUUGAAAUAUCUGCACCAAAUCUUGAAUCGUUCCGGUUUCGUACCCAUGGGGAAAAGACAUCAUUGGUUUUUAAAGAUGUUCCUCGCCUUAGCCACGCAUCUUUUGGCGGAUGUUACGGUGAUUCACUUAUAGCACAAAAUCUGCUUCGUCAUUCAAGUUUGUUUGCUCAGCUGAAGUCACUUGAAUUGCUCCUCCCAGCCAAACCAACUUUGCCUGAGUAUUUCCCACAUUUCCCUACUCUGGAAAAUCUCAAGCAUAUGCAGCUCUCAUUGUCUAAACAAACCGAUGAAGGCUUUCGCAUCUUCUUCUGCUUGAUGGGGGCUUCCCCUUCGUUGCAUAGAUCAUCACUGAAGUUGGGAUCGUGUAGUGUUCAGAAGCUGACGUAUACGAAGAGUCUGGAAUUCACUAGUCGCCCAAAACAUCAAUGCCUUAAAGUGGUGGAAAUAGUCGGGUUUAGAGAGGAUGAUAAUCAUGACGAACUUGUCAUGCACUUGGCUGAGUAUGCUGCCUUGCUGGAGAAGAUCAUUAUUGAUCCCUAUCAGUGCUCAGAGGUUUCAAGAAAUCGUGCUCGGAAUCUGCAAUCCAAGCUACCCCCAUCAGUGAAAUUGGAGAUAUUUUAA